AAAAGACAAUUCAUUUCAAACCCUAAUUGCAAUUCAUCUCUAUUUCGCAAUUCAUCACAAAAUCGCUCGCAUUUUCAGCCAUGACCAUGGAUCUGGGGGUAAUGACACCGUUCAGCGGAAUGUUGAACGAUGUCAAAGGAAGGCUGGCUUGCUACAAGAAGGACUGGAUCGAUACAUGUGGCUCGGGAUUCUGGCUCCAACUGCGCUUCUGCUCUUCCUGUUAUCGCCUUUGGCGAGCAGCUGAGUUGCGAAACAGAUGGAAGCUUGAGCACUUCCGAAACUCUUGCUUCGACAGCUAUAUGUGGGGUCAUCCAUUCGAUUUUUGGUGGGCAGCCAUUAUUGAUAUGUUGCAGACCCGACUAUUAUAAUGUACGCCUACUUAUACAAUUUUGCCAACCACAAUGUAGGAAAGGAACUGUAUUUAGCUUGGGCAGGGUGGGUUUGUGUGUGGACUGCAUUGAUGCUGUUUAUUCUCGCAAUAUUCAAUGCAUGUACAAUAAUAACUCGAUUCACAAGGGUAGCGGGGGAAUUAUUUGGCAUGCUAAUCACCGUUCUUUUCAUUCAAGAAGCCAUCAAGGGUGUGGGCAGUGAAUUCAGCAUUCCGACGGGCGAAAAUGCAUCGGACGAGAAAUACCAAUUUCAUUGGCUUUACACAAACGGUGUGCUCUCGCGGUUAUAUUCUCUUUCGGCUUACUUAUCGCCGCCUUGAAAAGCAGAAAAGCUAGAUCUUGGCGUUACGGUUCAGAUUGUUCUAGACAAAGCUUUGGAGGGUAUUGUGAUUCCAUAUCUGGUACUGUGCAUUAUUAACAUCAAAUUAGUAUUUUCUCUGCAUAUUUUAUUCAUAUUUAUGCCAUUUGUAUUCAGA